UUGUGAGUGGCUUACGACACUCAGUGAACAGAAGGUGUUUCUGCAUGCACUGCCAGUGCACUAGUCUACUGCAAGGGAUAAAGCAUCUCUCUCCACCCAGAAUACCGCGUCUGCCUUCAGCCUCAGCAUCUUUAGCCUCCGUUGCCAAAAGGAAAUGAGCUUGCUACAGAGAAGACCCAGAUGAAGAUUUGAGUCUUACUACAAACAUUAUCACCAGUGAUUUUUGGAUAUCAUUAUUAUACCAACAAUUCAGAAAACAGAAAAAAGGAGAGCUGAAUGAUGCAGAUCUCACAGCUUUUGAAUGUGCAUAAUUGUGAAGAAACUGCGAAAAUGGCAACGAGCUUCACUUCACAUACAUUGCGUAUUUCAGCAAUUGCUAUAGGUUAUGGAUGGUGAUUUGCGUCGACAGAUCGGGAGUCUUUGACGGGAAGGGAAAAAAGACAGAGAGAGAGGGAGAGAGUCAGUUUGGAGUGGAUUAUUCCCUCCUCCGUGCGCGUUUUUCCUUGCUCGUUUCUCCCACAGAGCCGCGGCGCAGCAGUCAAUGCAGAGAACCGGAGGAGAAUGGACAGUGCUCAUGCAUGCAGCCCGGGAAACUUGCACUUCCUACCAGCCUGCUGAAUGCCACUUGGAGUCGUUCUCUUUUUGGCUCUUUCACACGAGGAGAACUAAGACAUUGUAAGUCUGCCAGGAUCUGGUGUCCGAUGAAAAGGAGGGGGGGUUGAAUUUGUACCACACUGGGGUCUUUUUAAGUUUCGCACAUAAUUAGUGUCGGCACAAAGGGAUCAACUGAAUAGAGGCUGUCAGCCUCUGGAAAGGGGGUGAGUAGGAAUUCUUUCAUGUGAGAUUGUUUCACGGGGAGCACUUUUUUACAUGGCCAUCGCUCUUUUCCUUUUGCCGAUCUAACAUGAGCAAAGUGACUUGUAAUUUAUUUCUGUCGUUAUUUUCAGUGUGGCAGGAUUUUUUGAUUCUCUGAGCAUCAAAUCGCCAUCAAUCUAUAUAAAAAGAAUAAUUGAAAAGACAUUGCACUUGGGAAGAUACAAAUCGUAAAAGCCAAAAUGACACAAAUGUGAAAGAUUCAAUGGACUUUUUCUCUACGACACUGCAGGAUAUUCAUGCUAAUGGAUUUCCUCCUAAUUGGUCUGUACCUAAAGUGGCCGCUAAGGAAGCCCCCUGGGCUGAUACUGUGCUCAUUGAGCAUUAUUCUGAAAAUAGUUCCUUUGGUGGGGGGGACCUGUCCGAGGCUGUGCCGAUGCGACAACAAGCUGUUGUACUGUGAGGGGCUCAACCUUACUGAUAUCCCCCAAAACCUCAGCAGCACCAUUGGUUUGUCCCUGCGUGAAAAUAACAUCUCUGAGCUGAGGGAGGGGGACUUUGUGGGCCUGUCGCAACUUACCUGGCUCUAUUUGGAUCAUAACAAUAUUGAGAUUGUAGAGGAGAGCGCCUUUGAGAGGCUGCGAAGGGUUAAAGAGUUGGAUCUGAGCAACAACAGGAUAGAGACCCUUCCCAACGGGACCUUCCGACCUCUGCCCAACCUACGAAUAUUGGAUUUAUCAUAUAACAGACUUCAAUCCUUGGAGCCAGACCUUUUCCAUGGCCUUAGGAAGCUUACCAAUUUACAAUUGCGCUAUAAUGCCCUUAAAUACAUCCCAGUGCGGAUUUUCCAGGAUUGCAGAAGCAUGCAGUUCCUUGAUCUGGGAUACAACCAGCUGCAGAGCCUGGCACGCAAUUCGUUUGCCGGGCUCUUUAAGCUCACUGAGCUGCACUUGGAGCACAAUGAGUUGGUGAAAGUCAAUCUGGCCCACUUCCCCCGCCUCAUCUCACUAAGGACCCUCUACAUGCGGAACAAUAGGGCCACUAUUGUGGUCAACACUCUUGACUGGACCUGGGACCACCUGGAGAAGAUUGACUUCUCCAACAAUGAGAUUGAGUACAUUGAACCGCAUGUGUUUGAAAGUGUUCCCAACCUUAAGACUCUUAUGUUGGACUCCAAUAAACUCACCUACAUAGAUCAGCGAAUUCUGGACUCUUGGACACCCCUAAGCAGCAUCACCUUGUCGGGAAAUGACUGGGAAUGCAGCAGGAACGUCUGUGCCUUGGCUUCCUGGCUUAGCAAUUUCCAGGGACAACGUGACAAUGGCCUGCUGUGUGCCAGCCCAGACAUUGCACAGGGUGAGGACAUUCUGGAUGCCGUCUAUGCUUUCCAGUUAUGCGAGGACAAUGUUGACGGAACCACGCAGAGUUUUACCGCCACCAGAAACCGGGUCAAAGGUUUCAUAUUCAAUGGCCCAACAAGAAAUCCGUAUGACCUGCAGGACGUGGAGGGUGGCGAGGUGGUGACAAGCUCCUUAACAGUGACUGUGUCCACUGAUGACCUGGAGAGCACCAUGCAGAUACACAAGGUGGUGACAGGCACCAUGGCCCUAAUUUUCUCCUUUCUGAUAAUAGUCCUCAUGCUCUACGUGUCCUGGAAAUGCUUUCCAGCAGGGGUGAGGCAGUUGAGGCAGUGUUUUACUAGCCAGCGUCGCAAGCAGAAACAGAAGCAGACCAUGCAGCAGAUGGCAACCACGUCUGCGUCCGAGUACUACGUUGACUACAAACCCAACCAUAUUGAGGGGGCACUUGUCAUCAUCAAUGAGUACGGCUCUUGCACGUGCCAGCAACAGGCAUCACGGGAAUGCGAGGUGUGAUACUUGCCCAUGUUCUUUUUCGAUGGUUUCAAUGUAUUGAUGGAUACUUUGCACCUCAUUUCGCUGCUCUCAGGAGGAUGCUACAUUUCUGGAGUGCAAAUGGACAGAAAACAAGGAUUGGGUGCAUACUGCAACAUCUUCAAACCUUGUGGGAUAAUCUGACUGUGUACUUGAUGCAAAAGAUGUGGAAUAAUUACGCUGACCUGUUCUGGCUUUUCAUGUGAAGAGUGGAUAUUUGAGCUUUAAUGUGUCUUUCUACUGCAGGAUAUUGUAGAACUCUCUAAACCUUCAGAUGAAAAACAAGGACCUUUUUUUUUGCUGUGGCACAGACACACAAACAAACGAAGAGAAAAACAACAAAACAAACAAUGAAACCUUAAAAAAAAUAUAUGAUUCUAUGUAAAAUAUGUUAAAAAGCAGAAAUGCAAGAGUGGGGAUAUAAAUGCAAGAUGUUAUCCUAUUUCUUUUGUAAACUAUGAAGAAAAAAGAGGAAAAUACAAAUGUUUAAAUAAAUGAAUUGCAAUUCACAAUGCUCAUUUCUGCAGGUGAGUUUGACAAUAGUUUUUUUAUUUUUAUUUUUUGUGCUCUGUGGUAAUGAUGGGAAAUAUGGUUAGUGAGAGCUCUGCAGUAUCGCAGGAUGUAAAUAAGCAGGGCUGUGAAAAGCGCUUCACUUCAUUUGAAAUGUUAAACCUCAGUCUAAGAUCUUCUCGUAUCUCUCGAAGAUAUAAUCACUGUGCAAAGCUUGAUUGCUGUGGCUGUUGCAGUUUUCUUGUCCAUAUCCUGAAUAGAUUAUGCAUACCAGCUAAAACAAACUACGCUGAUGCGGUUUGAUCAGAUGGCAUGUAUCACACAUUUGUCUGCUGUUCAAAUAAACAAGACAAGGAGAAUCUAAGACCGUAAUUCCUUCCCUGCUUUAAUAGAUUUCAAGUUAAACGCUUCAGUCGAGGGAUAAAAUUUGGUUUGAGAAGAAGCCUUAACCAUCUAAAUCAAAUUUGCCAUCGUGAAAGAUUCAUGAGAAAAGAUCAGUCAAAAGAUCACCCCCGAUUCUAGAUGUAUAUUUAAUCGUGGACUUCGGCUUAAAUGCAAUGUUGUUUUUUUAAGAUCUCCAAUUGUUACUGUGUGAGUGAUCGUCGUGAUUGUUAGAUUGUGUGCGUCCUGCAUCACAGGCUAUAGCGCAGAUGAAAUAACAGGGCCGUUGAGAGAAGGUACAGACUGCUCCCUAGUGUUCACACCAGCAGCAGAGAAAGACAAGAGACUGCAGCAACCAGCCCUUGGAUUUCUCUUUGUGUGUCUCUCUGUGUAUACGCCUGUUGCUUGCCUAUAUGCAGUCUCUAAGCUCAGCUCAGGUUAAGAAUUACUGCCACAGCCAAAAGCAGGCUGGUCGUUGCGGUAAAUGAGGAAGAGGUUACUUUGCAUCGACUGCGGUGUUGUCUAGUUAUUAUAAUUGACAUGAGGAAAAUUGGCACUGUGAAGCCGGUGGUCGCAUUUGAACGUGUGCGUUAGAGUGCAUGUCCGUGUACACAUUACCAUUCGACUAUUUAAGUGUGUGUAUGUUCUUACGUCGUGUCCGGUGCAACAGUUUGUUUUGACCAAGUGCAUGUGUGAAGUUUAUUUGUCAUGUAUGACUGGGAUUUGUCUUUAAAGGUCCAAUGUAAGGCUGAGCUAAUAUUUUUACACCCAGAUCAACGUUUUAUGAUGGAUUUCAAUGCCCUGCCCCUUUGAAUCCUUUAAUACUUGAUAUGAAACUGUUCUAUUUUCAGCACUGUAUACGAUGCGCAUAUGAAGCUAAGCCAAGCUAAACCAAUAAAUUGUAUUCAUAAUGUUGUAAAUGAUACGCAAUGUGACGCGCUUUACCCAUUCCUGAUUUCUUUCUUUUUGUUUGUUUACUCUUGUUUUCUGUCAGGUAAAGAUUAUCAUUAAUACAUGAUUCAUAAUGUAUUCAAUCUGGUCUGGCACUCUUGGACUGCAAUUUUGUUUUCUACUUUGUCUUUCUCGCACUGAAUAGUAAUGUUCAUGCCAUAUUUUGCAGCGAGACCCGAAGUAUGUACACUCCAAUGUGUGGUUGGGUUUUUAAUGAAUCCUCUUGAGAGUAUUAAAAAACACGAAAUGAUCUCUGAGUGACAG